AUGGGAGAAGUUAUGACGCAGCAUUAUGGUGGGCAGAAAGGUUUUGAGGACUUUGGUAGUGCCAAUACCAAUGAAGGUGGGUAUCAAACCGACCGUGGCCGCGACAAGGACAGCAGUCCUCGCGAUGAAUCCUCCACCGAUCCCUUUGGCUAUCGAGUCGGUGCGGCUGAGAAUGGCCUACCACUGGGUCCGUCAGCCAGCCAAGGUAAUAUCUUGAACGGCAACGACGAGACCCACAUGGCCAAUUUCUUCGAUCAUCUUCAGGACCCAGAUGAAUCGCAGUCUCUUAUGCAGAUGGGUAAUAAUCAUGCCGGUCUGGAGCACUUCGGCGGCCUGCCCUACGGAGAGAAUUACGGCAGCAACAACUAUACCUUCGAUAGCUCCAAUGGAACGAUUGACCCAGCUGUGACACUUGCUGGUCUGCCAACGAGCAACGUGCAAACUCAUCUCGACACGAGCCAUUUCGCCUACAGUGGUCCGCCACCCUUCUCCUUCGACGACCUGCCCGAGAUCUUCCACUCGGGCGUCCCAGGGGAUGUGGGUACUGGUGCGCAAUUAUUGGCGAAUUUGGCAAACUCCACACCGACUACUGGCGCGCAAAAUACUCACCCACAAGGCCACGGCGGCGCUUGGGGUCAAUUAGGCAACGCUCACGCAUUCACGGGCACUCACCAACAAGACUCAGAAGGGGAUGUGGGGCUCCAGAACCUUGCCUCCCAAGCGGUGAUGCAGCUGGAGCCAUACACUUCGAAUAUGCACACACCAUCGCCAGUUCAGGCACAGCAUAUGCAGCACAAUAUGAACGGUUUCAAUGGCAUGACACAUGCCUGCGCCCAAUCUGCACACGAGGAGUACUCGGCCUCUGGCCUAAUGUUCGGUCAACAGAACACACAGUCUGCCUCGCCAGCAGUUCGUCCUCAGCCACGUAUGCCUCCAAUGGUGCGCUUUGGCAGCGAUCAGCAAUUUGGUCAAGGUCGACAUUACCAGGCUGCAGAAUACGAGGCUGUGCAGCAGGAGAAGAUGCGGAACUUGAUGCAAGUCCCUCUCGCCGAUCGUGCAGCUGCAAAUGGUCACGCGCGAUCGCCAAGCCAGCACAUGAGUCUGCAUGAGCAACGCACGGCCCACAUGAACAACAUGACUGGCUUUCACAACCCAUUCGCCAAGGGCAAUCGUGACGCAAACUCCACCAUGGCUGCACCUCCUCGCCCAGGUACUGCACAGUGGGCCGCCAUGACAAACGGCACCACUGCUGCCCACUCAGCAAACGUCAACGGCUCCUUGCGUAACGAUGCUCAGUCGCGCAAACGUCGCCAGUCGCAGAUAGAGCGUGAAGGCGAGGACGAGUAUGUUCCUGAAGGCCAACGCACACGCGGCACAAUUCCAACACGCGGUCCGAAAGUGCCAAAAGCCGCCUUGUACUUUGCGAGCGAAGACGACGAUGGGGAUGAUGAUGAUGACUCCGACAUCAGCAUGGCAAUCGGCAAGGCAGCGCCUGAGCGCCGCAAAUCUCUCGUCAACCCUCGUGCAGCCGACGCCAGUUCUCCCAACUCAGCCAUCGAUUCUCACUCACCCGCUGGUGUCGAAAGCUCCGUCAUCAAGCAGCGUCGCCCAAGUGGCCGCUCACGCGCGAACCUGACCGAAGAGCAAAAGCGCCAGAAUCACAUUCAAUCUGAGCAGAAGCGUCGUGUGGUCAUUAAGCAAGGCUACCAGGAGCUCGAGAAGCUAGUACCUAGCCUCAAGAACGGCAAGUCCGGACUGUCGAAAUCCGAGCAGAUAAAGGAGAUUGCUGCGUUUAUCCAGGCUACUGUCAAGGGUAAUAAGCGCAUGAAGAAGAUCCUGCAGCAGAAGGACCAGAAUACGCAGCAAUCAGGUGGCUACGGUGGCUACGGCAAUGGUGGCUGCGACGACGAUGCUGAUGCUGGAGCCAAUGCCGGUGCCAGUGCUAGUGCAGGCCGGUCCAUUGGGCAGGAGAUGUAUGGUGGCUAUUCAGCCUACCCACCGCCUCAGAUGUGA